AUGAGGAAAAUAAAACUAACACAGAAUCUGAGCCGGAUCCCCCUUGAGGCUUUAAAGGCUGAAGAGGAGGUUUACAACUGGAAGAAAAAUGGAUGGGGAUAUGGAAUAAAGGAUUUUAAAUUAUGCAGCGUUUUCCUGAUUUUUGACACUACAGCUACUGCAGUUAUUAUGACUCGGUUAAGUACCAGAGACAAGUACAUUCAAAUGUUAGCUUGUAGUGACACUAUAGAAAGCAGUUUGCACAGACAUCUUAUUGAACAUUUAAACGCAGAGAUAGUAUUACAUACUAUCACCGAUGUGAAUAUUGCGUUGGAAUGGAUACGAUCAACCUUGCUUUAUAUCAGAGCCUUGAAAAACCCAUCUCAUUAUGGUUUUAAAUCUGGAUUGAACAAAGAAGGAAUUGAAGCAAAAUUACAAGAAUUAUGUUUGAAAAAUCUUAAUGACUUGUCAUCCCUGGACUUGAUAAAGAUGGAUGGUGAUGUUAAUUUCAAACCAACAGAGUCAGGAAGAUUGAUGGCUUGGUAUUAUAUUACAUUUGAGACAGUGAAGAAAUUUUGUACAAUCAGUGGAAAAGAAACUUUAUCAGAUCUGGUCUCAAUGAUCGCCAGCUGUAAUGAAUUUCUAGAUGUACAGUUAAGGAUAAAUGAAAAGAAAACACUGAAUACUUUGAACAAAAGUCCAAAUCGGAUAACUAUCAGAUUUCCAAUGGACGGAAGAAUUAAAACAACAGAAAUGAAAGUAAAUUGUCUUAUCCAGGCCCAGCUAGGAUGCAUUCCUAUACAAGAUUUUGCUUUGACACAAGAUACCUCGAAGAUUUUCAGAAAUGGUUCACGAAUUGCAAGAUGGCUGUCAGAUUUUGUAGCUGCUCAAGAAAAGAAGUUUGCUGUGCUAUUGAACAGUCUGAUUUUAGCUAAAUGUUUUAGGUGUAAAUUUUGGGAGAACUCUCUGUAUGUAUCCAAACAACUGGAAAAAAUUGGUAUUACAUUGUCAAAUGCCAUGGUAAAUGCAGGUUUGACUUCCUUUAAAAAAAUUGAAUCAACAGAUGCAAGAGAACUUGAGCUGAUUUUAAGUAGACACCCUCCUUUUGGAACUCAAAUAAAAGAAGCUGUGAUGUAUCUUCCAAAGUAUGAACUUGAAGUAGAACAGAUUGCAAGAUACAGUAAUACCAUGGCGGAAAUAUUAGUGACACUUACGUUAAGAAACUUUGAACAACUACAAACUAAAUGAACAGCACCAGAUUCUCACUAUACCACCUUAAUCAUAGGUGAUUCAGACAAUCAGGUUGUUUUUAAACACAAAAUUAUGGAUUCUGUUUUGCUAAAAGCUGGAAACUGGGUUAAAAAAAUUGAUGUGAAGAGAGCUCUUAUAUCUGAAGAUCUUAGCAUAAAUCUAAUUAGCUCUGAUUUUGUUGGACUUGAUAUUCAGCAAAAGUUUACAGUCUUUUAUUUAGGACCCAAGAGCUUUGGAAGUCAAGCAAUUAAGCAGAAAAAAUCAGAAGCAGAUAUUUCCCAUUUUGAACAUCCAGAUAGGUCUGCUGUAACAGGAGCUUGUAAAGGAACAACUCCUUGCAAAAAACCUGGGAACCGAGAAUGCAAUCAUCACUGCAAAAAUAAACAUACAUGUGGACAUGACUGCUGUAAAAUUGGGGUUGCACAGAAGUUAGAAGUUAAAGAGUCAGCAAUUUCUUCAUAUUUAUCUGACUUAAGGAACAGGAAUGCUGUUUCAUCUCUUCCUCCAUUUAAAUGUCUCAAGCUACAGAUGAAUAAAUCUCAAAGUGUGGAUCUCAAAGAGUUUGGUUUUACUCCAAAACCUUCUAUAUCCAAUAGAUCAAGAUCUGAAAAUUUAAGCUUACCUGAAUGGCAUGUAGUUGAGCAGAAGGAUCAGAAUGAAAUCUGUGGAAAAGUUCAACAGGGACCAUUUGAAUAUCAGGGCAAAGAAUUUUCUGGAUGGAACUAUUCUACAACUUUGAAUGAGGAAGCCCCUCAGACAAAAGUAUUCAAAAGAAAUCUUAAUAUAUCUGGAAACCAGAAUUUGACAGAUGAAGAUACUAGCAAAUCUCCAUUUUCAGAAGUUUUGAAUGUGAACUUUGAAUUGGGAAGUGAAGUUUGGGAAGAUUUUGAUGAUGAAAACUUAAUCGAAAUUAGUAGUUUUUUAACUGAUACUAAGAGGACAACAACAUCAGGCUUUGGAGACACCCCGAGUUCAAGUGCCAGGGAAAGUAAGCUACCCCUCCAAAAGUCAAAGAGAAAAUUACAAAACACAGUGUCCAACAGUUUUGUUUCAUCAUAUGAGAAGCCAUAUACUUGUUUAUCAAACCAUGCUAUGUCUGACUUGGGUCCAUCCUCCAUGAUGCAAUUGCCAGAACAGGCCGGAAAUACAAAUACUGUUUCCCCUCAUGACAGAAAACAAGGCCUGUCACCGGUGUUCGAGAGGCUGUGCUUUACUCAGUCCAAAGAAAUACCAAAUUCUACUAAUGUUAAGAAAGUCGACUUCUUGAUACAAAAUAGUGAAUCUAAAAAGGGAACGGAUUUCAGUUAUUAUCAUCCUGUCGAAGCAGCUGGAGAAAUGAAGAGUUUUCUGGGAAUAUUUGAUGGCAUUUUGUAACAACAACAAAAUCUUAUUAAAAGAAAAUAUGGAGACCCCUAACCUCAAACUAUGCUUUUCAUUUUAAAAAAUCA